UCCCCGAGCUCCCUUGGCCCGGUUCCUCCUCCCCUUCGCCAGCAGCUGCGCUUCGCCCGGGACUGGACCGAGUUAGAGUUGAGGCGCCGGAGGAGUAGCGCAGAGUGCGUGCGUCCCCGGCGGGGGGGGUCCGUGCCCACAGACGGUGGGGAGCCGGGCUCCAGCCCAGUUUGGUGCAGCCUUGGCAGCGACCAACAAGGAGAGGGAGCUCCAUUGAAUUAAACCUUGAACAAAGAAAUGGGAUUGUAAUUUAUUUCAGCGUGAAGACAUUUAAUAGACCACAGUACUUUUGUGAGACGCAACAAGUUGGUACCAGAGCAAUUUCCCCACAGGAAAGAAAAUAAAAGUGCUUUGAGCAGCUUAUUAAGGUAAACAGAUUGCAGUGGAUAUCUGGAUGGUAUUAGUAUGCUGUGAAAUCAGAAGUCCUGUAAGUCCAAAAAGACUUCGAAAUGGCUCCACAAAGGAGAUUUGCUUACGAGGCAGAUUUUAAAUUGAAAGCGAUCAACCAUGCAAAAGAACACGGAAAUAGAUCUGCAGCUAGAGAAUUCAAGGUUAAUGAGUCCAUGGUGCGCAAGUGGAGACUGCAAGAAGAUGAGCUACGUCGUGCAAAGAAGACGAAGAAAAGUUUCCGCGGCAAUAAAGCAAGAUGGCUGCAACUAGAAGACAGACUUGACCAAUGGAUUUCAGAACAAAGAGCAGCUGGCAAACGCUUCUCAACUGUCGCCAUUCGGAUAAAAGCUAAAGCGAUGGCAAAUGAGAUGAAUAUCAGUGACUUUAACGCAGGGCCUUCUUGGUGCUUCCGUUUCAUGAAGCGACGGCAGCUCUCUAUCCGUCCAAGGACGACAGUGUCUCAGCAGUUACCGGCGGAUUGCGAGGAAAACAAAUCUGGAAUGGACAGGAGUCCUCUGGGAGGAUUAGACUUGUCUGAGCAUAUUCCUAGUCUGCUAGGGAGUACCACCAUGGCAGCAGGUCUUGCAAAUGUGGGAAAUACAUUUGGAGGGCCACCAAGUUCUUUAGUUUCUAGACCUAAUAAAUUCCAGACCUCACCUAUAGAAGAUGAUGAUGAUGUAGUUUUUAUCGAACCUAUACAACCUCCACAAAAUUCAUCGCUGGUAGCAGACCAAAGGAACACUGCAUUUACAUCAUCUAAAAAUGAAGAACUCAAAGGAAAUGAUUGCAAAAUGCUUCCUUCCCCCAAAGACUUAAAUUCUCGAAAGGGGAGUAUAAGUGAAACUAUUAUCAUUGAUGAUGAAGAAGACAUUGAAACAAAUCAAGGACAAGAGAAGAAUGCUUCCAGUUUUAAUGAACGAAGACUACCAGAGUGUAAAAAUAGAACCAACGAAAUGGAAUUCUCACCUUCCAGUUUUUCAAGAAGUAAGGUAAAUUCAGGAAUAGGUAAUAGUGGUAUAACCACAGAACCAGACUCUGAAAUUCAAAUUGCUAAUGUAACUACAUUAGAAGUAGGUGCUGUAAGCUCUGUCAGUGACAGUCAUUUAGAAAAUGAUGCUGACGGGCGUGACAUGAACCUAAUGAUUACACAUGUAACGUCACUGCAGAAUGCCAGCUUGGGAGAUGUAUCUAACGGACUGCAGUCAGAUAAUUUUGGUCUUAAUUUGCAAACAUACACCCCAUCUUUGACUUCACAGACCAAGACUGGUGUAGGACCUUUCAAUCCUGGUAGAAUGAACGUGGCUGGAGAUGUAUUUCAAAAUGGAGAAUCUGUGACUCAUCAUAAUCCUGAUUCUUGGAUAUCCCAGUCAGCUUCCUUUCCUAGGAAUCAGAAGCAACCAGGUGUGGAUUCCUUGUCACCUGUAGCAUCACUUCCUAAGCAAAUUUUUCAGCCUUCUGCCCAGCAACAACCUUCUAAGCAGGUUAAAGUCACUUGUGCGAACUGCAAAAAGCCUUUGCAAAAGGGACAGACUGCGUAUCAGCGGAAAGGAUCAGCUCACCUUUUCUGUUCCACUGCCUGCCUCUCAUCAUUUUCACACAAACCCGCUCCAAAGAAACUUUGUGUCAUGUGCAGAAAAGAUAUAACAACAAUGAAAGGUACCAUUGUUGCUCAAGUAGAUUCAAGUGAGUCUUUCCAGGAGUUUUGCAGUACAUCGUGUUUAUCCUUCUAUGAAGAUAAACAGAAUCCCUCAAAAGGAGCCUUGAAUAAAUCAAGAUGCACGAUCUGUGGCAAACUAACUGAGAUUCGUCACGAAGUUAGCUUUAAAAAUAUGACUCAUAAGCUGUGCAGUGACCAUUGCUUCAAUAGAUACAGGAUGGCCAAUGGUUUAAUAAUGAAUUGCUGUGAGCAUUGUGGGGAGUAUUUGCCCAGUAAAGGAGCUGGAAACAAUGUCCUCACUAUUGAUGGUCAGCAGAAAAGAUUCUGUUGUCAGAACUGCGUUGGUGAAUACAAGCAGAAAUGUGGCCAAUUAACAUCUUGUACUGGCUGCAGAGCUCAGUGCAGGUUUUUUGACAUGACUCAGUGCAUAGGACCUAAUGGAUAUAUGGAGCCAUACUGCUCAACUGUAUGCAUGAACACACACAAAUCAAAAUAUGCAAAAUCACAAAGUGUGGAAAUUAUUUGCCACUUUUGUAAGCGAAACUCUUUACCUCACUAUCAAGCCACAAUGCCUGAUGGAAAACUGUGCAACUUUUGCAGUUCCAGUUGUGUAGCUAAAUUUCAGACUCUCAGUGUUCAGUCUUCAACAAAUGGUCAGUUCGUCUCUCCCAGUGAUAUUCAGUUGAAAUGUAAUUAUUGCAAAAGUUCUUUCUGUUCAAAACCAGAAGUACUGGAAUGGGAGAACAAAGUGUAUCAGUUCUGCAGCAGAGCAUGUUCUGAUGAUUAUAAGAAGCUGCACUGCAUAGUUACAUACUGUGAAUACUGUCAGGAAGAGAAAACGCUCCAUGAAACAGUGAAUUUCUCCGGUGUCAAAAGACCCUUUUGCAGUGAAGGCUGCAAGCUGCUAUAUAAACAAGACUUUGCAAGACGGUUAGGACUGAGAUGUGUUACUUGUAAUUACUGCUCACAGCUGUGCAAAAAGGGAGCAACUAAGGAACUUGAUGGUGUAGUGAGAGAUUUCUGCAGUGAAGAGUGCUGUAAAAAAUUUCAGGACUGGUACUACAAGGCUGUACGGUGUGACUGUUGUAAGUCUCAAGGAGUGCUCAAAGAGAAGGUGCAGUGGCGCGGUGAGAUGAAGCAUUUCUGCGAUCAGCACUGCUUGCUCCGCUUCUACUGUCAACAGAACGAGCCCAACCUGGCCACCCAGAAAGGACCUGAGAACCUGCACUAUGAUCAGGGCUGUCAAACCCCCCGGACAAAAAUAACAGGCUCAGCUCCACCACCUUCUCCAACACCUAACAGAGAAAUGAAGAACAAGGCAGUUCUUUGCAAGCCUUUGACAAUGACAAAAGCCACGUACUGUAAACCUCAUAUGCAGACAAAAUCUUGUCAGACAGAAGAUGAGUGGAAAAAAGAGUAUGUCCCAGUGCCUAUUCCUGUACCAGUCUACGUUCCGGUGCCUAUGAACAUGUAUAGUCAAAAUGUUCCUGUUCCUACCACAGUUCCUGUUCCUGUGCCAGUUCCAGUUUUUUUGCCCACUGCUCUGGAUAGCACUGAGAAAAUCCUUGCAGCAAUAGAAGAGCUGAGAGGAAAAGCACCCUCAGAUCCUCUGGAAGCUGAGCUACUGAACUUGUCAGGGGUGGUACCUGAACAUGUUGGAAAAGCUGAAGCUUCUGAUGUGGCCAGUGUGAUAGUUGACUCAAAUCUCCUGAAUUCAGAGUCACGGACAAGCUUGCCCGAUGUUCCAUAUGAGCCAGACCUUGAUAUUGAAAUAGACUUUCCAAGAGCAACUGAGGAGCUUGAUACAGAAAAUGAGUUUUUAUUACCUCCUGUUUUUGGUGAAGAAUAUGAGGAACAGCCAAGGCCUCGGUCCAAAAAGAAGGGUGUGAAGAGGAAAGCUGUGUCAGAGUACCAGUCGCACGAUGACAGCUCUGAAAACUCCGAGUGCAGCUUUCCGUUCAAAUACGCCUACGGGGUAAACGCCUGGAAGCACUGGGUAAAGUCACGGUAUUUAGACGAAGAGCUGCCAGAGUUAGAGGAACUGAAAUCAAUAAAGUCUGUGAAAUUAAAGGAAGAUCUAUUAUCACACACUUCAGCUGAGUUAAACUAUGGGUUGACACAUUUUGUCAAUGAAAUUCGAAGGCCUAAUGGAGAGAACUAUGCACCUGACAGCAUCUAUUAUCUGUGUCUUGGAAUUCAGGAGUAUUUAUAUAGAAGUAAUCGAAAAGACAACAUAUUUAUUGAUCCAGUCUACCAGACAUUUGAACAGGAAUUAAAUAAAAUCCUUCGAAGCUGGCAGCCAAGCAUACUUCCAGAUGGAUCAAUAUUCUCUCGAGUUGAAGAAGAUUACCUUUGGAGGAUUAAACAGCUAGGAUCGCAUUCACCUGUUGCUCUUUUGAAUACUCUGUUUUACUUUAACACUAAAUAUUUUGGCCUGAAAACAGUGGAGCAGCACUUAAGACUUUCUUUUGGCACUGUUUUUAGACAGUGGAAGAAAAAUCCUCUAACAAUGGAAAGCAAAGCUUGUCUUCGAUAUCAAGUGUCUUCCCUCUGCAGAGCUGAUAAUGAAGAUAAAAUUACUACUGGAAAAAGGAAACAUGAAGAUGAUGUGCCAGUAUUUGAACAGAUUGAAAACACAUCUGAUCCAGCUAGAUGCCCUGUGAAAAUGUUUGAAUGCUAUCUGUCUAAAAGCCCACAGAAUCUGAACCAGAGGACAGACAUGUUCUACCUGCAGCCCGAGUGCUCCGUGUCGGCGGAGAGCCCCAUCUGGUACACUGCCACUUCCCUGGACCGCAACACUUUGGAAAAUAUGCUCGUACGGGUUCUUCUAGUAAAAGAUAUUUAUGAUAAAGACAAUUAUGAACUGGACGAAGACAUAGAUUAAAGCAAACUUCCAAAAACUGUCAAGACAACAAACAGCAUUAGAUAUAGUCAUGCUGCUAGACCUUUACUAUGGAAAACAUUUCAAGUUUACCCUUUGUUUUAUGAGUUUUGUAGCAGUGUGUACCCUCACCCGGGUAUUACCAUGUAAAUAGUUUGUGAGUGAAAGUCUCCAUUAUUCUGCAUAGUGGUUUUAGGAUACAUAACAAACACAUUUCAGAUUCUUUUUUAUUAUUUAUUUGAUUAGGUAUGUUUGUAACUUUUUACAUUGCAAAAUAUGAAUGAGAAUGUGCCAUGUGUAAUUUUUUUCCCCCUUGUAGUAAGAUACAUCCAUGUUGCACAACUCUGCUGUUGGAAGCUUCCUUGGAGGAGGCUCUUUUAAUGGCUUCUUAAAACCAGAUGGUUGUGUUUGGGUAGCACUACUAAAGUUUAGAACUUGCUGUGUCUUUCAGAAUUUUUAAAUGAAUUGUAAACUAAUAGGUUUUUUACUUUUUAGUUACUGAAGCCUUAUAAGGUUAUGUAGAGAGAUUCCAUCUUAUGUACCAAAAAUAGACAAAAGAGAAUGCUGUCAAUAUUGGUGUACUGUAAUGUGAAUCUAUUCUGGUGAAAACACUUUUUUGUUGCCCUUAUUAAAACCUUAGUGUCCUUUCAUUAUUUGUGGCUCUCUCUCAAUUGCCCCUACAAAUAAAAUAUGUAUGUAAAAAUAAAUGAAUAUAGGCUUAGAGCAUGUGGUCAUCAAGACACAUAUUUUGUAAAAAAGAAAACUAGAACCAAAAGCUCCUCAAAAAAAGAAAAAGGAAGCAAAAAGGAAAGAAAACAAAACGUCUGAUGACAAUGCUGUAUAAUCCUUUUUUCAUCUUUACUUUUCCAAUCAUAAAUGCCAGUACCUCAUAUUAAUGUAAAUUUGUCUUUUGUAGCCUUAUAGAAAGGGGUUCUAUGCCAUAUUACAUGAAGUAAUAUGGUAUGCUAAAUUUUUAACUUCUGUUUGUCCUUGCAUUGCUGUAUUUAAAUACAGUCAGUAAUGACUAUGGGUGGGACGUCUUUUAACUAAUGCCUCCAUUCAAAAGCCAUAUGAGAUGUGAAGUUGCAACAAGUUGAAAGAUAAUUUUUCUUGAAGAAAAAUCCUUUCAUUUGCUCUAUAUCCUUUCCUUGUGCUUACUUUACUUAAGUAGUCUGAUUUCCAGAUACAUGUUUAACUGCUCAAGUUUUGUUACUUGCUCUUAUUUAACUGAUGCAAACAAUAUGGUGGUUCAAGCAGUGUUUUUGCUGUUGUACUGAAAAAAAAUGUAGUAGAAUAUUCUACUAUAAAGUACUCAUAAGCUUAAGUCUCUCCUAAAUGGCAUUAAUUAUCUGUUAAGAGGAAUCAUCAACUAAAGGAGAAACUUUCUAUGUAUAUAUAUUACCACCUGAGGAUUUAUUUCUUGCAAGGACUGCAUGGCUUCUUCAUUUUCCUUAGCUUAAAAGAAUGCACAUAAGGAUGCAUCUUUCUAUAUAGAUAAAUAAAGCUUCAGUUGCUUUGUUUUGUUAAACAA